AUGGUUACGGAGCAUCCGGCUGUGAAGUCGUCUGGUGCUGCUAUGCUGGAGAGCAUGCGACAUGUGAACGACCUGAUCCAGAGGUGCGGACCUUGGGUAACUUCGGGCGACUUCCCUGCGGAGAGGACGAUCGAAGCAAACAAAGAGGUUCUCACAGCGCUGACGAAGGUCCAGAACGACAUGCAAAAGCUGGAUGACAUCGAUCUCGAUGCCCUCAAGCCUGCAUGGGGCGAUCGGGACUCCGUCCGCAUGGCCCGGAAGAGCUUGAUUGGCUGCGCGCAGGAGAUCAUGAGGCGUCUGGAGUCUCUGAAGGCGUGCUUGGCCUCACCCGUUUCGAAGUUCUCUUCUAUGCGAAGCAGUCCCCGGCAAGAGACGACCUUCUACGGCUGGGGCUUGGAAGGCGCCGACCCAGUGGAGCCCAAGGAGAAGGAGAAGCCACCAGGCGACGAAGAGCCACCAAAGGAGCGGAGCCGCAGCCCGCGUGAUGAUGUGGCGAGAGGGGCUGCAGGGGAGCAUCAAGCCGACUCCAGCGAAAACUCGGAGGAAAGGAAGCACAAUCGGGACACUCCGCACUUUCACUGGACGCGUGGCCAAAAGUUGGGAGCUGGCAACUACAUUGUCCGGAAGCAGGUGGGCGAGGGCUCCUUCGGCCGGGUCCUGGCUUGCUUGGAGGAGACCUCCAAGCAGAUGGUGGCUGUGAAGGUGGUGAAAGGCGUGGCCCGUUACAAGGAGCACGCGCAUGCGGAAGCAGAGCUCUUGCGGGAGAUACGGAGAUGUGAUCCGGGCCGACAGAGCUACUGUGUCAAGCUGCUGGGUGAGUUUACCCAUAACCUGAAUCACUGCUGCCUCGUGUUCGAACUGCUGGACAAGAGCCUCAGCGACUUCAUGCGAGAAACCGGUGACGAGGGGCUGAUGCUGAGAGACAUCAGGACGAUUGCUUCCCAGAUCCUGCAGUGUCUUCAUUUUCUGAACGCCAUGAACCUGACUCAUACCGACAUCAAAUGCCGAAAUGCCAUGCUAAAGGACUCCAGAGGUGAGCUGGUGCCCCACCCACGAAAGCCAGGGCGGGAAACGAAGAAGCUCCACCGAUGCGAAGUUCGCGUGAUCGACUUUGGCGGGGCUGUGCCACCUGGCUCCGUCGAGCAUGACCAUUCCACGACAGAUCCGUCACCGAGGCUGAAGAAAGAGCGGCACAGCAAGCGAGUCGGGACGAGGCAGUACAGAUCUCCGGAAGUGGUUCUGGGACUGCCGUGGGACGAGAAGACAGAUGUGGCUUGGCAAGGUCUCGGCUGCAUCCUGCUGACUCUCUACACGGGCGAGCGCCCUUUCCCGGUGAACAACAGCCUUCACCACCUGGCAUUGAUGGAGCGUUUGAUCGGCGAGCUUCCGCGCGAGAUGUUGCGCAGUGCUGCCGCAGGAGGCAGCUUGCCGGAGGAUGUCUCCGUCGAUAGCCAAGGUCCGGUCCUUAUGCUUCCACGCCUUGUGUGGGUCCUGGACAGAGGUAGUAAAAAGCGUUGUAAUCGGCGUAGGCAAACCUCCCGAAAGGCUCGCACAUGCGCAUGCAAAUGGCGUACACAAAGGGAAGUCUUCCGACAGAACAAACUUAUGUCGGAGAGCAUGAAAAAACUAGAAUAA